CAAUCUCCGUGGCAGUGUACCUGGCGCGCUGAUGCGAAUCGUCGUGCGGCGCCGGAAGUCAUGGGCACGUGACCGGGUGACAGCGCUCUCUUGGCUGCGGGCUCGCUUUAGGUGCUGCGGCACGGGAUGGCGGAGGCGCCUCCUGUCUCAGGUACUUUUAAAUUGAAUACAGAAGCCACUGAAUUCAUUCCUCAGGAGAGAAAAAAUUCUGGUCUAAAUUGUGGGACUCAAAGAAGAUCAGACUCCAAUAGGAUUGGCAGAAGAAAUUAUAGUUCGUCACCUCCCUGUCACAUUUCUAGGCAGAUUCCUUAUGAUGACAUCACUGUUGUUCAUCAGCACAGUUAUCCUUCAGGAAGUAAACCGAAGAGUCAACAGACUUUUUUCCAGUCUUCUACUUCUAAUAAGUCACUCAAGAACCAUAACCUUCAGAGUCAGCCUUGGCAAAAAUUAAAGCAUGAAAAACAUCACAUCAGAGUCAAGAAAAUACAAGGGCUCAGUUACCAGAGCUCAGAUACAAUUAGCUUAGAAAGUGUGGCCAGGCCAGAGAGUGGGACAAACCUCAGUGAGUAUAGCCCUUCUGAGAGUGAGAAGGAAAUUGUUGGUGCAGAUCCCAGGGGAGCAAAACCGAAAAAGUCAGCUCAAUUUGUAUACAGUUAUGGUAGAGGAUCAAAAGUCAAGGGGAAACUAAAGUGUGAAUGGGGUAACAAAAUGACUCCAAAACCUGAGGAUGCUGGACUUGAAAAUACCAAAUCUGUGGGGGUUUGCCACCCUGACUUCUCAGAUGCAUCCUGUAAAAAAGGAGCACUGGAUGGGUAUGGAGCCAGACGAAAUGAGCAAAGAAGAUACCCACAGAAAAGGCCUCCGUGGGAAGUGGAAGGGGCCAGGCCACGACCAGGCCGGAAUCCACCAAAACAAGAGAGCCAACGACAUACAAAUGCAGGGCCUAGAAUCAACCUGGCUCCCAUUCCAAAGGACAGUCUCAAUGAAAGACCAACAAAAUCAGCCUGUGACAGUGGGAAUUUGGCAGUUGUCAACAAGUCUUCCAGAAGGGUUGACCAAGAGAAAAGUACUAUAAGGAGACAGGAUCCUCAAGUGAUAUCUUCUUUCUCACGAGGCAAACAGAACCAUGUGUUAAAGAAUGUGGAAACCCAUACAGGUUCUCUAAUUGAACAGCUGACUACAGAAAAAUAUGAAUGCAUGGUGUGCUGUGAAUUGGUUCGUGUCACAGCCCCAGUGUGGAGUUGUCAGAGCUGUUAUCAUGUGUUUCAUCUGAACUGCAUAAAGAAAUGGGCAAGGUCUCCAGCAUCUCAAGCAGAUGGCCAGAGUGGUUGGAGGUGCCCCACCUGUCAGAAUGUGUCUGCACAUGUUCCUAAUACCUAUACUUGUUUCUGUGGCAAAGUAAAGAAUCCUGAAUGGAGCAGAAAUGAAAUUCCACAUAGUUGUGGUGAGGUUUGUAGAAAGAAACAGCCUGGCCAGGACUGCCCACAUUCCUGUAACCUUCUCUGUCAUCCUGGUCCCUGCCCACCCUGUCCUGCUUUUAUGACUAAAACGUGCGAAUGUGGACGUACCAGGCACACAGUUCGCUGUGGUCAGGCUGUCUCAGUCCACUGUUCUAACCCAUGUGAGAAUAUUUUGAAUUGUGGGCAGCACCAUUGUGCUGAGCUGUGCCAUGGGGGUCAAUGCCAGCCUUGCCGGAUUAUAUUGAACCAGGUAUGCUACUGUGGCAGCACCUCCAGAGAUGUGUUAUGUGGAACAGACAUAGGAAAGUCUGAUGGAUUUGGGGACUUUGGCUGUUUAAAGAUAUGUGGCAAGGACUUGAAAUGUGGGAGCCAUACCUGUUCUCAAGUGUGCCAUCCUCAACCCUGCCAGCCUUGCCCACGGCUCCCCCAUCUGGUGCGCUGUUGCCCUUGUGGCCAAACCCCUCUCAGCCAAUUGCUAGAACUCGGAAGUAGCGGACGGAAAACAUGCAUGGACCCUGUUCCUUCAUGUGGAAAAGUGUGUGGCAAGCCUCUGCCUUGUGGUUCCUCAGAUUUCAUUCAUACCUGUGAAAAGCUGUGCCAUGAAGGAGACUGUGGCCCAUGCUCUCGCACAUCAGUUAUUUCCUGCCGAUGCUCUUUCAGAACAAAGGAGCUUCCAUGUACCAGUCUCAAAAGUGAAGAUGCUACAUUUAUGUGUGACAAGCGGUGUAACAAGAAACGGUUGUGUGGACGGCAUAAAUGUAAUGAGAUAUGCUGUGUGGAUAAGGAGCACAAGUGUCCUUUGAUUUGUGGGAGGAAACUUCGUUGUGGCCUUCAUAGGUGUGAAGAACCUUGUCAUCGAGGGAACUGUCAGACAUGCUGGCAAGCUAGUUUUGAUGAAUUAACCUGCCACUGUGGUGCAUCAGUGAUCUACCCUCCAGUUCCUUGUGGUACUAGGCCUCCAGAGUGUACCCAAACCUGUGCCAGAAUCCAUGAAUGUGAACAUCCAGUAUAUCAUUCUUGUCAUAGUGAGGAGAAAUGUCCCCCUUGUACUUUCCUAACUCAGAAGUGGUGCAUGGGCAAACAUGAGUUACGAAGCAACAUCCCCUGUCACCUGGUUGAUAUCUCUUGCGGAUUACCCUGCAGUGCUACGCUACCAUGUGGGAUGCACAAGUGUCAGAGACUUUGUCAUAAAGGAGAAUGUCUUGUGGAUGAGGCCUGCAAACAGCCCUGCACCACCCCCAGAGCUGACUGUGGCCACCCAUGUAUGGCAUCUUGCCACCCCAGCUCACCCUGUCCAGUGACUGCUUGCAAAGCCAAGGUAGAGCUACAGUGUGAAUGUGGACGAAGAAAAGAAAUGGUGAUUUGCUCUGAAGCAUCCAGUACCUAUCAAAGAAUAGCUGCUAUUUCUAUGGCCUCUAAAAUAACAGACAUGCAGCUUGGAGACUCAGUGGAGAUCAGCAAGUUAAUUACCAAGAAGGAAAUUCAACAAGCCAGGCUAGAGUGUGAUGAGGAGUGUUCAGCCUUGGAAAGGAAAAAGAGGUUAGCAGAGGCAUUUGAUAUCAGUGAUGAUUCUGAUCCUUUUAAUAUACGUUCUUCAGGAUCAAAAUUCAGUGAUAGUUUGAAAGAUGAUGCCAGGAAGGACUUAAAGUUUGUCAGUGAUGUUGAGAAGGAAAUGGAAACCCUUGUGGAGGCUGUGAAUAAGGGAAAGAAUAGUAAGAAAAGCCACAGCUUCCCUCCCAUGAACAGAGACCACCGCCGAAUCAUCCAUGACUUGGCCCAAGUUUAUGGUCUGGAGAGCGUGAGCUAUGACAGUGAACCAAAGCGCAACGUUGUAGUCACUGCCAUCAGGGGGAAGUCCAUUUGUCCACCUACCACACUGACAGGUGUGCUUGAAAGGGAAAUGCAGACACGACCUCCACCACCAAUUCCUCAUCACAGACAGCAGACAGACAAGAAUCCUGGGAGCAGUAAUUUACAGAAGAUAGCAAAGGAGCCAGUAAUUGACUACUUUGAUGUCCAGGACUGAGAUCGAGAUGCACUUAGAUAAAAGAAUAAUUAGAUGUAGUGGAGACUUAUUUGCCAGCAGAUAAAUCAUGCUUGUUCCUCACUGCCUGGCAGACCACAGCCUCAUGUGCUGUCUUGUACUGAUACAUCCAAGCAUGAGUGUUUCAGAAAUCCCCUUGUCUAUUCCUACAUGUAUAAAGUGUUUCGCUAUGGCCAGAUCUCUGAUUGUAUGGUCACUAGGUUUUCAGUGAUAUAUUUAAAGAGUCUCCUCAAAUCAUCACUGUGAUUGCUCUGAGGGUUGGGGGAAUAUUGGGUUUUAUUUGGACAAAUCAGAAUUUUUGCCCAAAACUGGCUUCAUGGCACUUAGUCAUAGUUUCAGUUUUCCCAGUUGUUCCUCCUCCUGAAAAUGCUUGCAACAUCAGAUAGAUCUCUGCAAAUUCUCAGCCUGAAAUACCAAAUACUAAAUUUGUACACCAAAUUUGAAAUCACUCCUGUCAUCUUAAACCUAACCAUCUUUCCUAAGUGUUACUGUAUUUUGCCAAAAGCUGUCUUGGAGCUAUCUAGAUGAACUUCUUUUUAAUGUUUCCUAAUACUGUCAGUUCUAGACCUACAAGAAAGUCAGGUUGCUUUAUAGAAUUCCGUUUUCUCAAGUUCCUGAUGCUUCUUAUACCACAUCACUGAGCCUGUCCAGUGACAGUUUAGCCAUCUCCCAUAAUAAAGGGCGUAGAACAAGCUUUUCCUUUUACCAGAUUCACACUGUGGCCUCUAUGAACUGACUAGUGUAAUCCUAACUCCUCUCUGGUUGAUAAAGAGUCUCAUAUAGACAACUGUCCUGCAUUGCUUUUUCCUAGGCCUUCAACAGCCAUGUUGAUUUUCUCUGAGCUCUGGACCUCUGAAUAUUCAAAGAAGUAUGUGGAUAGUCCAGAGUUUAUGCCCAGAAGCCCACUGGAGGCAUUCUUCAGGCUCCUUUAAAGCAGCCCCAGAAAAUAUGUAUUUGAAACCCCUUCACUAGUGGGGAGAGUGAGAUCACUUACCCAGCUCACUCAGUGGACAACUGAGGAUCUGAAAUUCCUACUGAACUCCUGUAUCUUCUCACGCCAAGCAGAGGCAACUUGGACAGCUCAUUUGGAGUCCCUGGAGGAAGAUGGCCCAGGUCAGGUCAAAUGGGAACAAAGCUUAUAUCUAUGACCCCAAGCAGAAUAACCAGAGGAUAGGACUUUUCCCACAAUGACCACUAGGGUGCAGUAUGGAUCCCCAAACCAGAUGGGUGGGGGAGUGUUCACAUUGCCUCAGGAAAACUAUUUAAAACAUUUGAGUGGCAUUUAUAACCGGUGUAUUUAAAAUUUAUCACAUUUGCAUUCCUUUUUUUAAUACUGCCUUCUCUCUACUUGUUGAUAUACAGAGCAUAGGCACAGGGGGAAAACAUAAGGCAUGCAGAUAUCUGAAGGAAUAGUCUUCAAAAUAUGGAACAGCCAUUGCAAAGGUUCUACAGUGGAAACAUGCACCGUGAAGGAACAGCAAGGCCAUCGGGCUGUAGGGGAGAGUAGCAGGGAUCGGAAAGGUAACAGAAUUUGUUGGUGUCAGGCCUUGUCAGCCACUGGAAGAUUUAGGACAGGAAAGAUCUCACACAUUUUUAAAAAUAAUCAUCCAGCUUCUGUAUUGAGUCUAGAUGCCUGGGCAAGGGAAGAGGUUUAGGAAAACCGUCAGAAGACCACUGCUGUAGGGCUGGGGAUAUGACUCAGUGGUAGAGCAUUUACCUGUCAUGCAUGAGGCCCUGGGUUUGAUCCCUAGCACUGGAGAGGUGGAAAAAUAAAUAAAUAAAGAUGAUCACUGCUGAAAUCAGAGAGACAAUAGUGACUUGAGCUGGGGUGGUGAAAGUGGUUGUAUUCUGGAUACAUUUGCAGGUAACACCUAAGAGAUUUACUGACAUGUGGGAUGUGAGAGAGAAGAGGAGUCAGGAAUGACUUCAACGUUUUUGGCCUGAGCAGUUGGAAGACUGAAUUUGCCAUUUACUGAGAUAGGAAAGAAUGUGGGAGGAGCAGGUUUGGGGGAUGAAAAUCUGUCCAGUAGGUGGUUGUACAUGGGAGUCUGAAGUCUGGAGUUUGGACUGGGCUAGAGAUCUAAUUUUGGGGAUCUGUUGCAUAUAAUGGUAUUUAAAGGCUGAUGAGAUCAUAACUGGAGGGCGGGGAAAGAGAAGAGGCACAAGGACUAAGCCCUGAGCGUUCUAUCAUCAAGGGGACAGGGAGCUGAGAACAGGGUGGAAGAGCUGAGGAGUGGCACCUCCAUCCACUGUCUGCCUUGCUUCCUAUUCUACCAUGGCUCUCUGCUUCUGCAGCACAGCCACCUCAUGUCCCUGGUGAACAAGAGUGGCCUGGUGCAUCAUCUUUUCUUUGCUAUCCCCUGACCUAGAGCCAGAGGCCAGGACAAAUAUGAGGGAAUGACAGAAUGGAGGCAGGAACACAUUCUUAAAGGGCCUGGCAGGGCUCAUCCCAUGACCUGUUGCAGCCCUCAUUUGAGGAAUUCUCCUUAUCAGCCUUAUUGGGUCCCUGGAGACUCAGUUCAAGAUUUAUGGCCUCAAGUGUGCCUGGGUUAUGUGGCUCUGAGUUUUGUGUCUUCUCCCUCAAUCCCUGACCCAGCCUCUCAGCCUACAGCCUCCACUCACCCAAUCCUCCCCCAGGAUCCAGAGUAACCUCUACAGAUGCCCUCUAGCAUUUCUACCUUGGCCCCUGGACACAAACAAGAAUCCCAAGACUGUGAACUCUUACAAACUCCACCCAGCCUUGCUACAUCACAUGGUAAUGCUAGUGGCAGAAUUAAACCUGAAGCACUUCACUUUCACUGAACUUCAUUAUCCAUUAUCCUCCUUUACAGGUAAAGAAAUUAAGGCCUAGAAAGGUUAAAUAAUCCACCCAAAGUUCAGUGGUAGACAUUGAAGUGUUAGAUUGUUUUAAAUUUGGGAAGUUUUAUUGUUUUUGUUACUGUUUUGUUUGUUUGCUUUAGGACAGGGUCUCCCAAUAUUGCCAAGGCUGACCUCAAAACUCCUGGGCUCAAGCAAUCUAAUCCUCUUGCUUUAGCCUCCUUAGUAGCUGGAACUAUUCACAUGCACCACUGCACCUGGUUGUUCUUUUGUUUUGUUUUGUUUUUAGUUGUUGUUGGACUUUUUUUUUUUUUUUUUAAUGUGGUGCUGAGAAUCAAAACCAGUGCCUCAUUCAUGCUAAGGAAGUUCUCUACCACUGAGCCACAACCCAGCCCCUGCACCUGGUCAUUAUUUCCUAAGUGUUUUAUUGUUAUUCUCACUGUUCCUAUAUGUUAUUUGUACCCUUGCUUACAAAAUAAUAUUUCACAAUUUAAAACCAAACAAACUAGUUAAGGUCACAUCUUCAGGUACCAGGUUAAUGCACAGGCUUCAGAGACACAUUGACAAGGCUAGAGUCCCCUGUACGGCCCAUCUCUCUAGCUUCCUUGUAAGAUGGGCCUGACGACAUGAAGAUACAAGAGGGUGCGUAGUGCUAACAGCAAACAUAUAUACUCCCCUGUCUUCAUGCAGCUCUGUAAAAUUAGAUUAUUAUCCCAUCUUAACUGAGGUCAUAUGGCUAGUGAGUGGCAGAGUAGAUGUUUGAAUCCAGGCAGGCUGGCUUCGGUGUAUUCAGCAUAAGCCCAUGCUAUAUGCAGAAUGGCUGAGAUCACUAUGCUCUACUGUUCCCACUCUAAGACCAGUGCAGAAAUGGGUGUGGAGCCAAAAUUGGGCUGCACUAUUGGGAGUGGCCACAGCUUUAUCAGCCCUAGGGCUGAGCCUAAAAUGGCUGCUGCUUCCUAAACUUCAGGAACCCAUCUGAGGGAGGAAACAGUAAAACCAGUCAGAUCAGGGUACUGCUAUUUUUCCUUAGAAGCCCUAGGAGAAAGAGAGAGUGAGCCAGACAGGGAAUAAGAGGCUCUUGGCCAAGCUGAGAUCACCAGGCGGAGGAUCAAACCUUUGCAAAACCUUGGAAGGACUAGGAGUUGUUCCUGUCCCAUUGCUAUCCCCAUCUCAGCUGGAGAAGGGGCAGGAUGGAGAGGGAUCAUAGCAUGAGGCUACAAAGUGCCAGAAGUCAGAGCUAGGAGACCCGCAGACACUAACAGAUCCAAGUUUCAUUGAAUAGACAGGAAACCAAGGCCCAGAGAGUGGAAGGGUACUGUUCAGAUCACAUAGUCUGUGCUGGGAUUGGGAGAAUGGGAGGAAAGAAAUGUGGGUAUGUGGGGGGCGGGGGUACACAUCCCCAAAGCCAAGAGCAAGAACCCAUAAGGUGGGCUGGGGUUGUGGCUCAGUGGUAGAGCACUUGCCAAGCAUGUGUGAGGCACUGGGUUCAAUCCUCAGCACCACAUAUAAAUAAAUGAAUAAAAUAAAGAUCCAGCAACAUCUAAAAAAAUGAAAAAGAAAAAAAAAAAAAGAACCCAUGUUCUGUGAUGCCCAUCUCACCCAUUCCUGCUGCUUCCUUCCUGCCAUUCUCUAGAGACUUCUUCCCUCACUCCUGCCCAGCCCUUGUCCUCUCCUCCCCUGGGCCUGUCCUCAGUCCACCCACUCACUUCUCUGACCUCAUCUUCUUCCACUUCCCACUCCCUCUUUCCCUUCCAGCUCAGCAGCCCCUCUUAACUUCCUUCUUUAUGGCUUUUCACCAGCCAUUUCUUCAGCUUAGCAUACAUUUUCCUCAUGUGUUCACAUGGCUCAUCCUUCAGCCCCUCCAGGUCCUUCCUCAAAAUUGUCUUCUCAAUGAGGCUUUCUGCUUUUCUCACUUCCCCACACUUCCCAUUCCCCCUUCCUGAUUUUCCUUCUUAGCGUCUAUCAUUAACAUACCAUAUAUUUUGCACAGGAUGUAAGUUCAGUAAGAACAAGGACUUUUGUUUGUCUUCCUUGUGCCUAUAUCCUCAACACUAGAAUGUCAUGUGCCAUACUGUAGGCUUUCAACCAGUGUCUGCUGAGAGAAUAGGAAGACUUGCUCUGUGACUGCGGUCAGGACUCAUCAGAGCCUGACAUUGGGACCAGAACCUAAAAUAGGUACAGGCAAUAAACCUCCUACAAGGUUUAUUGGCAGGGCAGUGGAAAGCAGGCAGAUGGACCUAUUGGCUGUCCUGCUUCUGAAACAGCAAGGAGGGCCCUGCUUCCCCCACCAAGGUUUCCUGCUCAAUGUAAGUUGUUUUUGAAUAAUUGUUUCCACCAAUGACCAAGUUCAGGAGCUGCUCACUCCUUUCCCCAAGCUUUCCAGCAACCUUUACAUGUACAAUGGGCCUGAACUUAACUGACCUUCUUCAGGUGGCAGAGUAAGCACCUCUUUCAUUUUUUGUAAGCUGAGUGCAGACAGACUGAGUGCACAUGUGCAGAUCCCAGUGUCAAGGGAAAAGCCUGGUGCUGAGAACAAAGAUCUGAAAACAAGUGUGCAGAAAUUCUGAGCUCAGUGUGCAACAGCUGACUGUGCCUGCCGGAUCCCACCCCUUCUGUGUUAGCUUUGCUCCUGGUGUCCUCAGCAAACGGUUCAGGAAACCUGUCCAUGCACUGUUUCCCUUGUACUCAAGCACACACCCCAAUAAAGCCUCAUUCAGAUGGUA